AUGAAUCAGGGACAAGGAAUUCAAACUCAACUUCCAAAAUUCACAGGGCAAAACUACUACCACUGGCACAUUCAAGUGAAAGUUUUACUUGAAUCUCAAGAACUGUGGAAUGUAGUUAAUGAAGGAAUUCGUGAAUUAGGCACCAAUCCAACGGAAGAAGCGAUUUCAACGCACAGAGAUGCAGUCAAAAAGGAUAAACGUGCAUUAUAUAUCUUAUUUCAAUCUGUAAGUGAAACCAUAUUCGAGAGGAUUGCGCUGGCAACAUCAUCAAAAGAGGCGUGGAACAUUCUGCAUAAAUCAUAUCGUGGAGAAAAUCGGGUAAAGACAAUUAAACUUCAAUCUCUUCGAUGUGAAGUUGAUUCAUUAAAAAUGAGGGAAGGGGAAUCUAUAGAAGAUUAUUUUAAUCGAACGAUUCUUAUAGUUAAUCAAUUAAGGAUGAACGAAGAAUCAAUUAGUGAACAGAGAAUUGUAGAAAAAAUUCUACGAAGUUUAACUCGGAACUAUGAAUCUGUGGUAAUAACUGUGGAAGAAACAAAAAAUUUAGAAAAUAUUUCGACUGAGGAAUUAAUGGGUAUUCUACAAUCUCAUGAAUUGAGAUUGAAACGCUAUGAAGAUACACCCACUGAACAUGCAUUUCAAAUGCAAAAUUCCAGUCAAGACCGCUAUAAUUCAUCACAGAAUGAAACAAAGGGACGCGGGAAGAGUAAGGGUCGAAAUUGGAGCACAGUUAGAUGUUACAAUUGUCAGAAGAUGGGUCACACGGCCAAGUUUUGUCAUCGAAAGGAUGAUUAUGAAAAAACUGACAACGUUUUAAUUCAUAGAGAUGAAGAAAGUAAUGAACAUGAAGACACAAUGUUCAUGAUCUUCAAUAUGGAGGAAACAAUCAAGGAUGAUUGUUGGUAUUUGGACAGUGGUUGUAGUAACCACAUGACGGGAAAUAGAGAACUCUUCAUCAACUUAGAUGAAUCGAUAAAGAAAGAAGUAAGAACUGGGGAUGACAAACGACUGGAAGUACAAGGAUGCGGCGAAGUAUCAAUUACAAUCAAAGAUAAAAUUCGGAAAAUACCAAAGGUAUUCUAUGUAAAGGGCUUAAAACAUAAUCUUUUAAGCGUAGGGCAACUCAUCGAAAAAGGAUAUGCAGUUUUGUUCAAAGAAAAUCAUUGCAUAAUCAAAGAUGUAAACGAUGAAAUCGUUGGAAACAUUAACAUGACAAGUAAUAAGAUGUUUCCUCUUCGGCCAGUUAAUGACUUACAUCUUGCAAUGACCAUAACCAUGAAGGAAGCGUCUUCACUCUGA